UUGAGAAAAAAAAAGUUUGCCAGGGUAGUCUGAAAAGUUGCCAAAUCUAGCAACAUAAUUGCUAAAUUGGCAUCACUGAUUCGCCAGCCUCCUCAGUAUGACGACAGGAUUUUGGUUCCUUUCACGUCACGAAUGACACGUGUAUUCAAGAUGGCGGCCGCGGCGAUGGCGACGUGGUUGGCCCUUCUGCUGUUGUCCUUGUUGCCUGGAGGAGUCCAGGCCUUUUACGUGCCUGGAGUUGCUCCUAUGAACUUCCACCAGAACAGUGCUGUAGACAUCAAGGCUGUGAAGCUGACCAGCUCCCGGACUCAGCUUCCCUAUGAAUACUACUCCUUGCCCUUCUGUCAGCCUGAUAAAGUGGUCUACAAAGCAGAGAACCUGGGGGAGGUGUUACGCGGGGACCGUAUUGUCAACACCCUGUACUCCGUACUCAUGACCCAGGACAGGAAGUGUGAGGUGGUUUGUGCCAAGCUGAAACUAAACGUGCAGCAGAGUAAGCUGGUGGCUGAGCGAAUUCAGGAGGAGUACUAUGUUCACCUCAUUGCAGACAACCUCCCAGUGGCUACGCGGCUGGAGUUCAACACCAACAUAGAGGCAGGGGCUGAGGACAAGGAGGUGGUGAAGGAUGUUCAGUUUGAACACGGCUACAGGUUGGGCUUCACUGACAACAGCAAGUUCUACCUCCACAACCACCUGUCCUUCAUCAUCUACUACCACAAGGAGAAGCUGGAGGAGGGGGAAGAGCACAACUACAGAGUUGUUCGUUUUGAGGUGGUUCCCCAGAGUGUCAAGGUGGAGGACCUGAAGGCGGCUGAUAAGGGGUCGUGUACCCUGCCCGAGGCCACUAACUCAGCUCCUCAGGAGAUUGACCCCUCCAACGACAAUGACGUUCUCUUCACCUACUCUGUCCGCUGGGAGGAGAGCCAGGUGAAGUGGGCAUCUCGCUGGGACACCUACCUGACAAUGAGCGACGUGCAGAUCCACUGGUUCUCCAUCGUCAACUCAGUGGUGGUGGUCUUCUUCCUCUCUGGGAUCCUCAGUAUGAUCAUCAUCAGGACCCUGAGGAAGGACAUCGCCAACUACAACAGAGAGGAUGACAUAGAGGACACCAUGGAGGAGUCGGGCUGGAAGAAUGUCCAUGGAGACGUGUUCAGACCUCCACAGUAUCCCAUGAUCCUCAGCUCUCUGCUGGGCUCGGGCAUACAGCUCUUCUGCAUGAUCCUCAUCGUUAUCUUCGUGGCCAUGUUGGGGAUGCUGUCGCCUUCCAGUAGAGGGGCCCUGAUGACCACUUCCUGCUUCCUGUUUAUGUUCAUGGGUGUGUUCGGUGGAUACUUUGCUGGCAGACUCUACCGCACGCUGAAAGGCCAUCGGUGGAAGAAGGGAGCGUUCUGUACGGCCACUCUGUACCCUGCCGUGGUCUUCUGCAUCUGCUUCGUUCUCAACUGUUUCAUCUGGGGAGAGCACUCGUCUGGAGCCGUCCCCUUCACCACCAUGCUGGCUCUACUCUGCAUGUGGUUCGGUAUCUCCAUGCCGCUGGUCUACUUGGGCUACUACUUUGGCUUCCGCAAGCAGCCGUUCGAUAACCCCGUCCGCACCAAUCAGAUCCCUCGCCAGGUGCCUGAGCAGCGCUGGUACAUGAACAAGUUUGUGGGCAUCCUGAUGGCUGGGAUUCUACCGUUUGGUGCCAUGUUCAUAGAGCUCUUCUUCAUCUUCAGUGCCAUCUGGGAGAACCAGUUCUACUACCUGUUUGGUUUCCUCUUCCUGGUGUUCAUCAUCCUGGUGGUGUCCUGCUCCCAGAUUAGUAUCGUCAUGGUCUACUUCCAGCUCUGUGCAGAGGACUACCGGUGGUGGUGGAGGACCUUCCUGGUAUCAGGGGGCUCGGCCUUCUACGUCCUUGUUUACGCUGUUUUCUACUUCGUCAACAAGCUGGACAUCGUGGAGUUUAUUCCUUCCCUGUUGUACUUUGGCUACACGGCUCUCAUGGUCCUGUCCUUCUGGCUCCUUACAGGGACAAUCGGCUUUUACGCAGCGUACAUGUUCAUACGGAAGAUCUACGCUGCCGUCAAAAUCGACUGAGUUUGUGUUUCUGCUGUUUUUUUAUUUGUUUUUUGUCACAUUAUUUUUCAUUUUUUUACAUUUGUAUUCUUUAUGUCCAGCAAUCACUGGUGUGUGUGUGUGUGUGUGUGUGUGUGUGUGUGUGUGUGUGUGUGUGUGUGUGUGUGUGACACAUGGGCGUUUGAGGUGGUGUUUGUGGAACAGAGACCCCCCCCCCCCCCCCCCCCAAUAGGCAUGGAGAGACGACAGUAAGAUGGCGCGCAGCCUGCAAACUCAACGAUCUUCCUCCCUGUGAUUGGAUGUCCAGAGACACAGAGAUUUCCUAUUGGACAGUCAAUGUUUUCUACUGUGUUUCACCUUGUACACACAACAUGGGCCAAAGCAUGUCAAAUGAAACAGUCUCUGUAUGUUUUACUGUCUGCUUUUGGAGCAAGCCUGGGUUCCACAGGACUACUCAAGUGCAUUGGUUCAGAAUUGAACUUUAUUGUUUUAAAAUCAGUAAGAUAUUUUAGUCGUAAGUUCUUUCACACACCCUCUCUCUCUCUCUGUGAAGUUAGUUUAUUUAUCUUUAUUCCAGAUAUGUUUAUGAUCAGAGGUCACACUUGUAACGUCGCUAAUAAGUAUUAUUUUUGUCUGAAAAUAUGCUGGGAAAUGGAUGUCUAACAUUGGAACAGGCAUGGAUAUGAAAAUAUUCCUUAUUUUUUACUUAAAUGGGACCAUAUCAGCCACAACUAUAAUCAUUCUCAAUUUGACUCCCUGAAAACAAUUGUCUCUCACAUUUAAGGUAACAGAUUGUCUAAAAAUGUAUCUUUUAAAGUGACCAGAUUUCAAUGUGGAGAAGCAUAAAUUUAAUUUUCUCUUUAAAUACUACUUGCAGGGAAGCCACUUGGGCUUAAGACUGUUGACAUAUGAAAUGUUAUGGAAUGAAAUGUCAGUUUUGAUGAAAAGUAGUAAUCCUUCAAAUCACCUAUAUAAUUUCUGGGCUUUGUUUCUCCUGGGUCAAUGUGUUUAAAAUGGUUGGACACAUUGCAUUACGAGGUGAGGUAAUCCGCUCCAUGGUCCCACUGAACUAUGCAUUAUUUCUUUAAGUAUGACUGUUUGGUUUAAUGAAGGUCACGUUACAUGUUUUGAGUUGUCAGUGAGACACUGCUAUUCUAACUAUCGUUGUCGGUUGUCCCUGAGCAUCAAUGUCUUCUCGGAUUACCUUAAACAUGAUUCUGUCAUUGAGCAUCUAAGUGGAGUACAGUUAUUCCCCAUAAACCACGUGCCAAGUCGGUGCUGUGUGAUAUCGACAAUGUGGUUUAGAUUGUCGAUAGGUUCAACAAGGUACUACAUGUCAAUCUAUUGUAUUAAUGGGCAGAUCCUUCACUGGGUUUACUCUGUUACCCAGCUAGAAUUCCCCACUAGUGGUUCUCGUCGUCUUGUAGAUGGAGUUCCUCUUGAUUGUGGAGUCUGAAAUGCAGAAGAUCCUGUAAACUAUAACACGGGAACUACACAACUGAAUGGAAGUGGGGUGAAUGAGAUUCAGAAUAUUCCAGACCUUUUCUAUCAUGGUCAUAUUUUUACUACCAUUUUAUGUUAUUCCAUGGGCCAGUUCCUCAGACCCAGAUUAAGCCCGGUCCUGGAUUAAACAUCAUUCUCUAUGGAGAAUUACCAUUGAAAGGUCAAUUCGAGUCCAGGAAACUGGGUCUUUUAUGUUUGAGAGCUGAGCUUUCAGGAAUGCAACCUUUUAGGUCAACGUUAUUACCCUGCCCGUUUUUCCUUGAUGAAGAGCAUAGCAACCAACCAUAGGACAGUCUGGUGGUCUUGCCCAGCAGAUGGUGUUGGGAUAGAGCUGCACUGGAAGAGAGAGGGAUCGAACUGGUGCAGAGGGGGAAUUACUCCAUUCACCAUGUAGUGUAUCACUGAAUGAAUCAUACUGCUCCACUCUCACACACUCUCACACAUUCACCUCCACAGUCAGUAUUGCAUCGGUCUUUUCCUUCCCUUUGUAAAGCCUUGUUCACACGGCAGGCCUUCGUGCUCAAAUCAGUUUGGGUUUUUUCCAACAACAACUUGCUACAAAUGACCAAAUUAGGUGUGUGUGUGUUCAGACAGUCAUUUGCUGACACGGCUACGCUAGUUGUCAUAGUAACGACAGGAAGUUUCAGUUGCUUUGAAUGUUCAAAAUCAUCGUGUAAAAACACUUUUAAAGCCUCAAAAGGACAAAGAUGAUUCAACUUUCAAAACAAAUCCUUUUUGGUUAUCCACAGCAGUUAACUAGCUAGCUAGGUAGCUGUUUAGCUUUUUAGAACAUUCACUAAUUUGUUUUGUAAACAACCUAAUUAGUUACCACAUGUUCUUGUCAAACUGUCAACAGAGUAGCUAGCAAGCAUCAAGAUAUGCCAAACAGUCUUAAAAACCAAUUGAGGGCAAAUGAAAAAGCCAUGGCUGGGAAGAUGGCUUGAAAUAUCAGAGUCCAUGUACUUUUUGGCUGUUUAGACUGCAGGAAAAAGAACAGAUUUGAAUUGGAUAUGAGUCACUUCAAACUGCCAGUGUGAACCAGGCUUUAGUGUCAAAGUGUUCCUGAGCUGCCAGCUCUCACUGCUCUCUGAUUCAGAGACGGACAGACUUCCUCCCCUGGGCCCAACAAACAGAUUUCUGGAGAGAUUUCCUGCAGAUGUACAUUUGACUGACCAGAGCUGUUGUAUGUAUGCGUGUGAAUGAGUGUUGACUGUGUAAAUACAACACGUUGUAUUGCUGAGGUUUGCUGUAGUGGGGACUCUUGACUAUAUAAAUAUCAUGUCAUUGUUUUAGCCAAAAGCAUGAUUUUUAAGAACCUGUUUCUUGUCCCCUAUUCUUUACAGAAUGCCCAGUGAUAUAAUUUAUCAAACUAAUAAAGUACUGAUGCGAUGUUG